AUGUCCCGACAGCGCAAGAGGAAACCAAAGGUCCAUGUGGGCGGCCUUCCGCCCAGCCAAGUACAAGGCGACACCAGCGUACACUUUCUCACCAGUGGCCGCAACACUUCGUCUCGUCUUCUCAAUCUCGCGCCAACCGCAGCUACGCGGGUUCAAGCAACCGAGGACCUGGCAGAAUGGAUGCCGUUCUUGGACCUGGCGGACGAAGAGCUGGCAGCCAUCGCGCUGACCAUAUCGUCAGAACCUCAGCCAUUGGAGGAUGACCAGCACGCAGGAAAGCGCAAGCGCACGGCCUCGGAUGACCCCAUGGCUCUUUGGCGCCCGAUGAUGCGCGCCUACCUUGACGAACUUAUACGAGGGGAAACACUGGGGAGACAUGGCACUCGCCCUUCGUGCGCCGCUUGUGGGGAGUCGCUCGGCGAGGGCUCCAAUUCACGCGCAUUUCGCUGCACCGAAUGUGGUCCAUCCAUUCAUUGCGAGGAGUGCCUGCGUAGUCGACACGAGCAGUUACCUCUGCAUUCUCCCCAAGUACGGCCUUCUUCUAAAAAGCUCACAGACUUUUGGCGUAAAUCGACACUUUUCAGUCGCAGUGGUCUUGGAAUGGUGUACCAGCUUGGCCACCAUGGAUUUCCGUGCCCGUAUCCCGAAUCGCGAGUACGAACACUGGUCGUCAUUGAUGUGGGAGGCAUUUUCAAGGUGGAUGUGAGGUUUUGCGCCUGUAGCGCUAGUCUGCGCCACAAACACAUGCAUCUGUCUCAGCUUUUAGACAAUGCUUGGUACCCAGCGACGACCAUGGAGCCCGCCACGUGUGCGACAUUCCGAGUUCUCGAUCUCUUCAGAACACUCAAGGUCGUUGGGAAUAUGAACGCGCAUGACUUUGUGGGGUCCCUGGAGCGGAUGACGAACGCAACGUUUACUGAGCAGGUUCCGGAUCGUUACAAGGCUUUCGGAAGGAUGAGUCGACAAUACGAUUUCCUUCUUCAUAUCCCUGCAGGUGGCCUGGCUGUUCAUUGCUGGGCAUGCCCUGAUCCCAAUCGCAACUUGCCGGAGGGCUGGGACACGGUCGACAAGUCCAAAUCAUAUCUGUACUCCCUAAUGCUGGCCCUCGACGCGAACUUCCGCCUGAAGAACCGGAUUCGAGGGAACGAACGCAAUGACCCUUCACUAGGAAGUGGUCUCGGUUAUUUCGUGGAGCUAAAUCAGUACAAGGAGCAUCUUCGGCACUACGUUGCUGAAGAAGAUGUCAGCACUUGUAUUGCUUUCGCGGCAUUGAUGCAGAAGGAAACGAGGCUUACAACGGGCCUUAGGGUAUCUGGUGUCGGCGGCUGUGUCUGUGCUCGCCACGGACUUGUUCGACCAUUGGGACUAGGGGACUUGCAGAAGGGGAGCGGAGCCUACGCGAAUAUGGACUGGAUUUUCCUCAACGCUGUGGGUGGCGCGGGCUUAAAGCGACUCGUUGUGUCCUACGAUAUCGCGUGCCAAUGGCAGCAACACAUUCGAGAGCGAGCGAAAAAACUCCACGACCAGGAACUUGUCACGACGCAACUAGACGACUACGCGUUGCAAUUCGCGCUCCCUGUUUGGCACGCUGUUGCUCAUGAAUCCAGUUGUCAAGCGGCAAAUUCUUUGACACAUGCAGUCGGCGUUGGGCGGACAGACGGAGAGGGUAUUGAAAGAACAUGGGCGAUCUUGAACCCCAUCGCGUUCUCGACCAAGGAGAUGGGAGAGGGCAACCGACAUGAUACGAUUGAAGACAAGGUCGAUCACGUCAAUUUUGAGAAGAACGUCAAGCAAGGUCGGGACGAUUAUUACUUCGGUUUCACCAAACUGAUUACCAACGAUGCAGGAGAUACAUUGGCAAGGAAAAUGAUCAUCGCUUUGGCAGAGCGUGAUCAGCAAGUCAGAGAGUUCAACCAAGUGGACGACAGCCUCGAGCCCUCAUUGCGAGAAGAGUGGCAGCUCAAAGUUGACGCUUGGAAUGCGGAUAAAACGUGCCCGAAUCCUUACCUUUCAGACGCGAAGCACGCGGGACCUUCAGAGGCACAGAUUCUUGCAGAUCUGAAGAAGUCGGAAUUGGAGCAACUGCGCAGUGGACGCGGAAGUGAAUUGGGAGCGGGUAGAACAACAGCUGCUGCAUUUAUCAAGGGUGCACUACAACUCGAAGACCAACAACGCCGUAUUCGUUUUGAAGCAAGCGGGACGAUGACUUUGACUGCUGAGCGCUCAAGUGUGGAAGAAUUGCGCUCUGCGGAGGAGGAGAAACGCGAUGCCGACCUUCCUCCCCCACCUGCCGAAACAACGAAGCUUUGGCUGCCAAGCGACCUAUCGGUGGAGCAGCGCGAGGCUAUCUGCAGGCCCGCAUUGGUGGAGAUAGAAGCCCAACUCCGACUAGGGCAGUGCGCUGAUGCUCUGGGCAAAAUCCGUGGGCAUCUUCAUGCGAAGACCCACUUAAUCGAUACGCGCAAUGCGAAUGCGGUUGGGCAAAGCUCGAGCACCAGGUUUGGGACAUUAAUCGGCAGGGUGGGGGAUCAGGCUCGGCGUCAAGCGAACAAAUAUCGAGAGGCGAGAUUAGCCCUGUUGCGACUGAAGGGCCCCGAGUUUGCGCCACAGUUCCGGGAGCUGCGCGAUGAAGAUCUACGGGUACAUGUCGAAUCGGAGAGCGAUGCCAAGGCGCGGGCAGCUUUGGGGAAGCUAGGCUCAACGAGGCGUGCGCGAAAUGAACCGCCCGUGACAAAGAAGAUGUUGCCUGUGUCGUGGAUAUGGUUUGCAGGUGGGGAGGCUGAUAAAGAGGAACUACAUGACUCGGUCCGCGUGCAAUGGACCAAGUCACGCGCUCGACGCGACCGAUGGAUUGAAGAAGUACAUCUCUUGCGGGAGGAGAUGCGUCGCGUUAUCAAGAGUGUCGAGGUUGUGCAAAGAGAGUGGAAGGAACGAGAGCAGUUACGAGAUGACGUGGACGAGGAGUUGGCAGCGGGCUUAACAGCGUAUGCUAAGCGCCAAGCAUACAUCUAUCGGGGGGUCGAGGAGGCAUUUCGCGCAAGCUGGGGCACUUCAGGUGUGGCGGCUAUUCGUGCGGCAGCAGUAGUGGAGCCACUGACAACGAUGACGUCAGUUGGCGAAGAUUAG